AGGUGCGGGAGGAGGGAGGCACCUGCUUUCCCCUGGGUCACAUGGGCGAGAGGGAAGGCGGAGCUGGCCAGAUCGCAGCCCUGGGAGGGAGCGGACGGAGGGUCAGGGCCGGUGCUGAAACCCUGGGGGCUGCCGGUUCCUUGUCAUCCCCAUCUCCAAGGGCCCCCCACGCCCCCCAACGGGCUGAGGACGCUGGGAAGCAGGAGGCUGGGCUCCGGUUGCACCAUCAGGAUUGUGGUCCCCCUAGGGAGAGGGGGCGUGACCGCCCCAUGUCCCCCCCUCCCUCCCAGACAUCCGGGGGAGCGAUGGCGGGCUACAGUCACCCCUUGCUCCUGGUCGUGGCCCUGCAGUCCCUGUUACAGACGGCCCUGGGCCAAGCCACGAACGGGAGCACCACGACACCCACACCCGCAUCAGGGCUCACGGAGUCGGAGCGGCUGGCGGCCAUCAUUGUCCCCUCCCUAGUCGGGGGUCUCCUGCUUAUUGGACUCGUGAUCUUCGGGGCGCUCAAGGUGCGGGAGAGGCGGCAGACGGAGGGCACCUACCGGCCAAGUAACGAGGAGCAGGUGGGUGCUCGGGUGGUGACGAACGCUAACCUCCAACUGCCCCCCGAGGAGCGGCUGAUCUGACCCGGGGGAAGGGGGGGUCACACACACCCCCUCCCCAGACUGGCAGACUCUGCACCGGCUGGACCCUGCGGUUCCAGAGCCAGCUGCACACCUGGCGGGGGGGGGGGGGCCUCCUUGCUCUCUGCUGGCUGGAAGGAGCCGACGUCUUCGUCGCUGGAUGCAUCGGAUUUGAACCUACGCCCUCCUGCUG